CAGGACAAGAACAGUUUUCCUCCAAACAUAAGGGGGGGAGUGCCAAGACAAUUUACUGUCAUAAACCUGAACACUUUAUUUGAGAGGGCAGAGUCUUGGCAUACCAACAAGCACCUCUAUCUCCCGAGUCUUCAGAGCAACCAAAAGGAAUGAGUUCGAUAAAGACUAUUUCCUCCGCGGAGCCGCCCCAAGUGUUGGGAAAAGACAAAACAACCCCAGAUGAAACGCAACACAGAGGUGCUGGCAUGAUGCCCGUCGUGGUGGUACAUGGAGGGGCAGUCCAGGUCCCCGAAGAGCGGGCAGAGAUCACUAUCUCAGGGGUGUGCUCAGCUGCGCGUUCAGGCUACCUUGUCCUGGAGGAAGGGGGCAGCAGUUUGGAUGCUGUGGUUGAGGCGGUGGUCCAGAUGGAGAACAGUCCAUACUUUAGUGCUGGUUGUGGCUCGGUGCUGAAUGUCAAGGGGGAGGUGGAGAUGGAUGCCAUUGUGAUGGAUGGGAAAACAUUGGGCAGCGGUUCAGUGUCCGCCGUACGCGACAUCGCCAACCCCGUUCAGCUGGCACGGCUGGUCAUGGAAAAGACCAGUCACGCAUUCCUGACAGCGGAAGGAGCCAGUAAAUUUGCUCGCUCUGUGGGAGUUCCUGAGGUGUCUCAGGAGUCCCUCAUCACCGAGUACUCCCGCAUGUUCUGGAAAAAAAACCUGGUUCCAGAUGCCAACCCUGUUGAGUGCCAAAUGGAGAAGAUGGGCACAGUCGGCGCUGUAGCAGUUGAUAAAGACGGCAAUGUUGCAUGUGCAACCUCCACAGGUGGAAUGCCAAACAAGAUGGAGGGUCGGGUAGGGGACACUCCGUGUGUAGGAAGUGGAGGUUACGCCGACAACCAGUCAGGAGCUGUUUCUGCUACUGGUCAUGGAGAAGCCAACAUGAGGGUCACGCUGUCCAGACUCAUCUUGUUUCACAUGGAGCAAGGUCAAUCCGCUGAGGCUGCCAGUGAUUUGGGGCUGGCUUAUUUGAAGUCCAGACUGGGGGCACUGGGUGGGGUUGUGACCGUGGACCCCCAAGGGAACUGGACUUCCCGUUUCUCCACCCAGCAGAUGCCCUGGGCCGCAGCUCAGAACGAUACUCUGCAUUACGGCCUGAACUCCGGAGAACACUUCAGACGGAGCUUCAGUGAACAGCACUGACUGACCCAAGAUUCUUCAACAUUCUAAUAAAGAAAUGAAACAAU